AUGGGAUUCGAGGAAUUCAUAAAUAUUGAUCCGCAAGCUUCUGCUACUAUCUCCGAUCCUGUUGCAUCAGUUCCAUCUGCACUCAAUGAUCUUUUAGGCCUAGAUCUGCUCUCCAUUUCUACAGAUCUUGUUCCAGAUACAACUCCCACACUCCCUAUCCAGCCAUCACCAGCACCAAUCGUCGAGGCCUAUUCAAGUCCCCCUGGAGGUCUGCUCGCUUCUACUUCUAAGGCAUCGGCUAAUCAAACAGCUUCAGGCAAGCCUUUAACAGGGAUAAUUCCUUAG